UGUUUUGAGAUUGAACAGUGUGGGCUAAGGAAUAGACACUGUGUGGACUUGGAUGCAGCUUCUCCAGGGACAGAGGCAGAAAGGUGCCCAGGGUCAACUUACUCUGGAAAUCCUAGAACUGGGAGGAUGUGGCCCUUCAUGGUCCUCUUGCCUUCGAUCCUAUGUGCCAGCACCCCAGGAACAAGGUCCCCACUCAAUGACUUCCAGUCCUUGACUGCCACUGAGCUGCGCCACCUAUCCCACCAACCGCAUGAUCAGGGGAAAUCUAUGGAUGUGGAAGAGUGUGCUCAGCUCUGUAACCAGCUCCUGGACUGCCGUGCUUUCCACUACAUCCCAAGGAACCAGAGAUGCCAGCUGUUGCCCUGGACUCAACACUCUGCCCAGAUUGAGCUCCAAAAGAAUGUACAGUACGACCUUUACCAGAAGAAAGAUUAUGUACGGGAUUGCAUUGUGGACAAUGGCAUCAGUUACCGGGGCACUGUCGCAACCACUGCUGAGGGCAUCCCCUGCCAACACUGGAACCACAAGUUCCCAACCGACCACAAGUAUACUCCAAAUGCUCGAAAUGGCCUGGAGAAGAACUAUUGUCGUAACCCUGACAGUGACCAGCAAGGCCCCUGGUGUUACACCACCAACCCCAAGAUCCGCUUUCAGACCUGUGGUAUCAAGACUUGUCAGGAGGCUACCUGCUUCACCUGUAAUGGAGAGGAUUACAGAGGUUCUCUAGAUUACACGGAGUCAGGCCGAGAAUGUCAGAGAUGGGACCUCCAGUAUCCUCACAGGCAUCCCUACAAGCCCAACAAGUAUCCAGAUAAGAGCCUGGAUGACAACUACUGUCGAAAUCCAGACAGCUCAGAACGGCCCUGGUGUUACACCACAGACCCCCAGCAGGAGCGAGAAUUCUGCAGCAUCCCCAGAUGCCCAUUAAUAGGGCAGCAGCAGCCACCACCCAAACACACCACCCACAGCUGCUUCAAGGGGAAGGGAGAAAACUAUCGAGGAACGGCCAACACUACUGCUACGGGAAUCCCCUGCCAGCGCUGGGAUGCCCAGACCCCUCACCAGCACCACUUUUUGCCUGAUAACUAUGAAUGCAAGGACUUACGGGAAAAUUUCUGUCGGAACCCAGAUGGUUCAGAGGCCCCCUGGUGCUUCACUUCUCGGCCUGGCAUGCGUGUGGCCUUCUGUUUCCAAAUCAAGCGCUGCACUGAUGACAUCAAGACUGUUACUAUGAAAAUGGAGAGCAGUACGUGGGCUCCGUUAGUAAGACCCGGAAGGGGAUUGUCUGCCAGCACUGGUCCCAGAAGACUCCUCACAAGCCUCAGUUCACACCUACCACUGAUCCACAGCUGGAAGAGAAUUUCUGUCGGAACCCAGACGGAGAUAGAUAUGGUCCUUGGUGCUAUACUAUGGACCCUGGAACCCCAUUUGACUACUGUGCCCUCAAGCCCUGCAGUAGUGACCCAAAGACAUCCAUCCUGGCAACCUCAGGUGACUCAGGGCCUGUCCAGCUGCUUGCCUGCUGGGAGUUACCCAGUGCUCUUUGAGGAAUGUGGCAAGAGGGAGGAGCGGAGGUCCAAGCUCUUACGGGUUGUGGGGGGCCAGCCUGGCAACUCGCCGUGGACGGUCAGCCUGAGGAACCGGCAAGGCCAGCACUUCUGUGGUGGGUCACUGGUGAAGGACCAGUGGGUGGUCUCAGCUCUUCAAUGCUUCUCAUCCUGUCAUGGCUCCCUCACUGGCUAUGAGGCCUGGCUAGGCACACUUUUUAAGGACCCUCAGCCCAGCGAUCCUGGACUACAAAAGAUUCCCCUGAUGCAGAUGGUGUGUGGUCCUCCAGGCUCCCAGAUCGUCAUGAUCAAACUAGAAAGACCUGCUGUGCUUAACAGCCGUGUGGCCCUUAUUUGCCUGCCCCCUGAAAGAUAUGUGGUGCCAGGCAAAACCCAAUGUGAGAUUGCUGGAUGGGGAGAGACCAAUGGUACUGGGAAUAACACAGUUCUGAAUGUGGCCAGGCUUUGGGUCCUCACCAAUGAAGAGUGCAACAUCAAGCAUCGAGGCAAGGUGAAAAAGAAUGAGUUAUGCACUCUGAGCCCACUGGUUCCAGUAGGGGCUUGUGAGGGGGACUACGGAGGCCCACUGGCCUGCUACACCCAUGACUGUUGGGUCUUAGAGGGAAUCAUAAUCCCAAACCGCGUCUGUGCCCGCCCUGGAUGGCCAGCUGUCUUUUUGCGCAUCUCCAUGUACGUUGACUGGAUAAACAAAGUCAUAAAACUGAGCUGAUGGAGGUGAAGAGGAAAGGUCCUUUCCCCCCUCACCUUGACCUGUCUCCUAUCUCUAACUAUCCUGGGCCUACUGGGCCUUACCCAAGCCAGGUCUUCUGGCUUGCUGUAGGACGCCACCUUCUCCAGGAGGCCUUCCCUGGGGAUUCCAGCUGGUAAGGCCACCCCUCCAAGGUCAUUGUCCACCUACUCUGUAUGUAUGUUCUGGUUUACCUAUGUUCUCUGCCUCAUGUGAAUGUAAGCCCUAUGAGGGGAGGGACAGUCUUCACUCUUACUCUGCCUGCCCUGGCUGGGCACAGUGCCUGUCACAGAGGAAGCACUUAAUAAAUGUUUGCUGAGA